UUUUGACAAAAGUUCCAAAGCAGCGGACUUCGAAAAAACUUAGGGCCACCAAAAGGAUUGCAGGCAGGAACCGGCUGUACAAGCGGUGUAGGCAUUAGUCGAGCAUUUUUCUUUCGAUCAUCGGAGGGCAAAGAAGCCGUGACCGAAGACACGAAGGAAGCAUACACACAUCAAGCGUGAGUAGUAAGCAACAACAGGAGUAGCAGAAGUAGCAGCAACAAAAAAAGCAACCUCUAGGAAAAAUGGAUGUCUUCAUGAUGAUCAGACGGAAGAAGACAACGAUCUUCACCGAUGCCAAAGAAACCACGCCGGUUCACGAGCUGAAACGAAUGAUCGAAGGAAUCCUCAAAGUGCCUCCCCGGGAUCAGCGGUUGUACAACAAGGACAACCAACUGAUGGAGGACGAUCGGACACUGCAGGAUUGCGGCAUCACAGUGGCAACGGCCAAGGCACAGUGUCCGGCUCAGCUCGGGCUGGCAGUCCGAGAAAACAACGGCGACUUUGAGCAACUGGAACUAACGCCCUACUCGCUGCCGCCGGAUCUGCCCGAUGUUAUGAAGAACCAGGAUGCAGCCAACGGUCAGGAUCAGCUUGCCUAAUGGAUAGUGUGUUUCUUCUGCCUACUGUAUAGGUCGCGGGCGGGCGGGGUUGCUUUGUACUGUUUUCUUGCUCCUUUUUCAUAUCUCUUGAAUCAAAGUUUCUAUCCGCACUUACAAGCUCGAUUGUUUCCCACUCACAUAUGAACCAACAAACAAACAACAAACCAACGCAUACACCACUUUAUACUCAGUCAUCAACAUUAUUAUUUUUGUUAGGAUCGCAAGCAGUUCAACAUCAGAAGGUUUCCCAAAAUUUAGUACUAGAAACUUUUUUUUUUUUGUUACAAUCUUCAUUUCUUACGUUACGUCGAAUGUUCGAAUCGUGUGCAGUAGAAAAUGUACGAAUGGUGUCAAACGUGGGGACGGUAGCAGUAUGUUGUGUAGUAGCACGCUGAAUUGCACGGUUGUUUCUACUAUUAUUAUUUUGUUGUACACACAGAAGAACCAUGGCAAGAUGCAAGAUUAAGAUUAUCGAAAACGGUUUGGAGGGAAUCACGCGUGCUACCGGACGAAGAAAGGUCGUUAUCCCUUUUUGUGUAUUUUAUUUGAAUUUUAUCAUUGUAAUUAAAUUAUGAAAUAAAUUAUGCUCGAUUUGGGAAAGCGUA